GAUAUAAUUAUGGAAUUAUCAAAAGAUACCAUUGACGGUCUUACUAAUAUUCUAAAUAUAAAUAUUGUCACUGACGAUAAUUUUCUACAAAUCCUAGAAACAGCUAUUUCAUACAUACAUGAAAAUCCUAUGGAAAUAAAAUGUAAAAUUAUUAAAACUAAUGAAAUUUUAGGCAUUAUUAAAAAAUCUGAUUCAAAACCAGUUUUAACAAGAAAGGUUUUUACUGAUGUGGUAUGUUUACUUAUAGAGGCAGCCCGACAUAAUUUAGAUGAAGAAAGCUUGAGAAACUUUUUAAAUCUUGUAUAUAUUGAUGAAAAAAGGGUUACGAAAUUAUCUGAGGUAUACAUUAACAAUAAAACAGCAAUACAAUCUCAGUUGGAAUUAAUAGGCAAUAAUCCAUCUCAUAUUGUUGAUAUAGACUGGCAUUUAGAUUAUUGUGUUAAGUUGGACACAUGUAAUUCAUUAAGUGUUCCUCUUUAUCAUGUGCGACUUAGUACUAAAAAACAUGAAACAAUAGAUCAUGUAACAUUUUCAUGUACAAUACAACAAUUGCAAGAACUGGUGUUUAAGCUCAAAGAUGCCAUCAGAUACUCAGAAAAGCUUACUAACAAGGAGGUAAAUUACUAUGGAAGGCACUGGGGGAUGGAAUUCCUAUUGGUGAGCGUAUCAAAGGAUUUGGAAAUCUAGUGGCAUCUGGAAAUGGUCGUGGAAAGUGA